AUGGAAAGCGCGUGUCGUGAUAUUAACGGAACGGACGAAACUGUUGGGAGGACAAUGGUACGUCACAUUUUGCACUUGUCCGACGUGCAUCUCAAUAUUUCGAAUUCGCUGAACGAUAGCGACUCGAUCAAGAUUCCUAUUGCCUACGGUGAUGACGCACCAAUGAGUUUGUUGGUGUCGGCUUUGGAGUACGCUAAGAAGUUGCUACCCAAUCCAGACUUUUUUCUCUAUACAGGAGAUCACGUUGUGCACGGAGAACUAUCGGACGAGUACCUCGUUAAAGCUGUUGAGAAGAACGUCGAGACGAUGGCGAGAUAUUAUUCGACACUAGACAGUGAUAUGAUGCUGGAUAUCACUGCCAUCAUAGGCAACGCUGACACCAGCCCCGACUACACGAUGAAAGUGACGAACCCGCAGACGGAGGAAAACCCGGCAAUUGCAUUAAUCUCUAGUGCUUGGAAGAAGACCAUGUCCAAGUCGAACCUCGAGUGGUUCAAUCAUUGUGGAUACUUAGCAUACGCCUUGGACGACAACCUGACCGUGCCCACACUCAAUACACUGCCUUAUUCGCCGAGUCACUUACCAUAUACAUCGAAUGUGCCCGACCAAUUUGAACAGUUUACAUGGUUGAAUGCUACGUUGUCUGGAUUGAAGAGUGCUGGCAAGUUGGCAUACAUCGUUGGCCAUAUUCCGCCCAUUAUCGACUCGUACAGUGGGUCACCUAUGUGGAAUGAGACUUACAUCAAGACGUACAAGUGGAUUGUAAGCCAGUACACGGAUAUUAUCAAGGCACAGUUCUUCGGUCACAUCCACAGCAUCGAGUUCCGGCUGCCUCUCACAAGCAGCCUGAGUGCACAAUUCCAGCAAUACGGAGUGACCGUGAAUGAUGACUAUGCAGACAGCUCCGAACUGGUGCCGUUGUUCAUGGCGGCGGCAAUUUCCCCAAUGUUUUGA